CAUUCAUUCCACCCCCAAUCUCUCUCUCUCUCUCUCUCUCUCUCAAUAUUCUCUCGUUUUCAAAAUAUCGCUCUAAACUUCCCUUGUUCGAAUUAAUUUUGUUGCAAUUGUGGGAUCUGAAACUGGGUUUGGACCAAAUCCGUUUUUGAGUUUGUUGACUUUUUCUGAGUUUUGAAGUGUAGAGAUUUUUCGAUGUCUUCAACGUAUUGGUGUUAUAGAUGCAACAGAUUUUACAGAGUAUACAACGAGGAUUCAGUUACAUGCCCCGAUUGUAACACCGGAUUCGUCGAAGAAGUCGAGGCUCCCACCCGAUCCUCUCUCUCCGGGUCCCGCCGACGCCGUUUCCCGGCGCCGCGUAACUCCGAUCAGUCUCCAGGAACGGGUCCUAUUUCCGGGACGGGUCAUGGUUCUGGGUCAAGUCCAGGUCUUCGCCGGAACCGGAGGAAUGGAGGCGGUGAUCGGUCACCGUUUAAUCCCGUCAUCGUCCUUCGUGGCGGAGGAGGGAGUGGAGGAGGUGGAGGGGGAGGGGCGUUUGAACUAUAUUAUGAUGAUGGAGCUGGGUCGGGAUUAAGACCCUUACCGGCUACUAUGUCGGAGUUUUUACUCGGGUCGGGUUUUGACAGGCUGUUGGAUCAGCUUGCUCAAAUAGAAGCUAACGGUAUUGGAAGAAUGGAGAAUCCACCAGCUUCAAAAGCAGCAGUAGAAUCAUUGCCCACAAUUGAGAUACUUAAUAACCAUAUUGCCACAGAAUCAUACUGCGCAGUAUGUAAGGAGCCAUUCGAGUUAGGUACCGAGGCACGGGAAAUGCCAUGUAAGCAUUUGUACCAUUCGGAUUGCAUACUCCCAUGGCUCUCAUUGCGCAAUUCGUGCCCCGUCUGUAGGCACGAAUUGCCCACUGAGUCACGGGACGUCGAUUCGAACGAACAGAAUGUUGUAGUAGGAAAUGAAGAGGCAGUGGAGGAGGAAGCUGUUGGAUUGACAAUUUGGAGAUUACCUGGUGGUGGUUUUGCUGUUGGGAGGUUAGGAGGGAGGAGGGGUGGUGGGGAGAGAGCACUUCCUGUUGUGUACACUGAAAUGGAUGGUGGAUUUAAUAAUAGUAGUAAUAAUAAUAAUGGGGUUACAAGGAGGAUUUCGUGGGGCUCUAGAGGGAGCGAAUCGCGGAGAAAUGGUGGAUUGAGGAGGUUUUUUGGCAACUUGUUUUCGUGUUUUGGUGGUGGUGGUGGUGGUGGUGGUGGUUCUUCUUCAAGGUCUAGUUCCACUAGUUCAGAUUCUAGGAUAAUAAAUCGAAGCGGGAGUAGUUCGAUGUCGUCUGUGUUUUUAGCUACGGCAAGAAGGCGUAGAGGUUGGGGUUUUGAAGCUAAUAAUGGAGUUAGAAGAUGGUAAGUUGCCCCCAUGAGAACUAACCUGGUAUUUAAGUGGAGAAUGGUAGAGGGGUGGAUCCACCAUUCCCGAGUUUUGAAAGCAGUGGUUGGUCCUAAGGGUUGGCCACAGACGGAUUCUUGGUCAUACAGAAAAAAGAAAAAAGAUGGUAAUUUGAAUACUGGUGGAUGACAAGUUUAUCGUCAUUGUAAAUAACUGGAUGUGAAUGUUGGCUCUUAAUUGGCACGCAAGAAUUUAUAUUUGAUAUUUAUGAAGAUGUUAUAGCAGGGGAGGAUGACGCUGAAAUAUUAGUGUAAGAAAUGGCUCCUGGCAAGAAGGUCGACUGCCUCAACGCUCAAGUACCAAAUGUGCCUUUGAACUUAAAGAGUGUCCCGCAGUGUAAUUCUUUCUUAUAUUCCUUAUCUUUUCCUUUUUAAGCUUUUAGUUUAAGUUUAAAGUCAGUCCGCUUUGUUCCAAUAGUCUAUUGAAACUUAUGAAGCUUACAUGAAUUCUGAGUUUCUUGUAUCUGGACUUCUUCACUUUUUGGAAAUUCAGGUAUGUCCCACAAUAGGGGACCCUGCAUUUAGUCUUGGCUUGCUAGUUAAAGACUUCCUUUUGAUCAUGUAAUUAAAUUGUUCAUCGAAGAUUAUAAAUAGCAAAUUGUUUCCUUAUAUUGGAAUCUA